AUGCGGAUACUAGCUGUCUUAACGUCAACAUUUUUCCUAUGGAGCUCUUCUUGCAUCGCGCUUUUCGUGGUUACGCCGAGCGCUUCCAACGGCUGGACAAAUCAAGGGCCACAAACGUCAGUGCAAUUCUUGCCUUAUCCACAUCAUGUUUGGUUGACCAAGGCUUUCUUCAUCCCCAGCGUCUCCUGGCAGAGAGUCAUCACUGACCCUCUCGAUUUCGCCAUUAUUCUCACAAACCAAAACCGCAGCUUAUUUCCGAGUGAUCAAACACUCUCCCUCCUUAUUGAUAGCAACCUCCUCACAGCGAGUAUUUCUCCUCCAGCUGGCGGAUGGCCUACACCUGGUGCAGUUUACCGAGUAAAUCUUGUUUUGAGCGCAAAUUACCCCAACACGAUUUACGCUCAAUCGAACGAAUUCACGAUCUUUCAAGCGGGGUCCACGACUACUAGUAUUACCGGCUCCACGUCGCCAUCACUGUCAACUCCAUCUUCGUUACUAUCAAUUCCAUCUUCGUCGUCGACCCAUCCUCCCGUUUCGCCGGCUUCUCCAGUCGACCAAUCUGUCUCGUCUUCCAAACGAAAACUCCACAAUGUCGCCAUUGCCCUUGGUGUUGUCUGCACCAUUCUGGCACUGUGCAUAGUAGGCUUGGCUGCAAUGUGGUAUCGUCGACACCGAGCCAGUCAGCACUUCCCAGGCACGGAUCCCAGUCAGAUUUUUCCUGGUGAAGUAAAUUCAAACCCGACCAUUGAGGCCGUUCCUCUUAGCAAAUCUAUAAUCGACGCCACUACUCCUCAGGAUUUGGGGAAUAAUUAUGAACGCGGUAUUGCAAGAUAUAGGGACUCUCCUGAUAGCAUGGCAUCUCCCCUAGAUGGCAGCCGCGAUAAUUUACAAACGUCAUAUCGCCUUAACGCGCAGGGGCUUGACGUACCCCCUCCCUCUCUCGCCCAUAAAACUUCACCCAGUGCAGCGUUCGCGUCCAAUGGUAGCAACCUGGCAUCAACUGACGUCUCCCGCCCUGCCGAAUUUCUGAGUCGCCCGGCACAGGGAUCACCAUCGCGCUCUCCGUUUGCGACUGACGGAAUGAGGUAG